GUAAGAAUCAAAACAAAAUGGAAAGCACCUCUAGUCGAAACUCUUUAUCCCCAACUAAAGAUAAUCUGAACAGAAGGGGAAAUCCCAACUCAAGGAUGAUGAAUAGCCCAGUCGCUAAGGUAUGUUAAUACUUGCCUCAUGAGAAAACUACUGUUCGAGUGGUAUAAGCUUAAGAAGUCGAUGAAAAUUCAGCUAAAUUUUAAAGAGAAUUUCGAGGAUUUAACACCAAGAACCGAGUUUAGCUGCUCUAUAGAUGUCAUAAUCCUUAUUCCUUGAAGUUCAAGAUCUUCUCUAUAUUUUUGGGUAUGUUUUGAAAUACCUCAUCAUAAUUUUAAAAUUACAAAGUCAACAGAAAGUCUUUACAGAGACCCUGUUUGAAAUUCAUUUCCAAAACAGACUGGUUAUAAGGAUAAUGAAAUAUAUGAAGAGGCUAAUUUAUUCAAGUUAACUUUAAUAAAUUCGACAUCUACUCAAGCCACCAGACAAAGCAAGAAAUGUAUAACUUCUAAUUUAUUACUUGGCGAUGAUAUUCUUUAAAGUUUUGCUAAUCGGAUGCAACUAUUUAUUUUUGGAAUCAACAGUAUUACCCCAGUCAAUCCAAAUCUAAAAUCUAACCCAAAAUUGCCAAAAGAACAGACCUGCCCAGAGCCUCCUUAAGCUGAUUGAGGUUUAACAUUCGGAUGACUUUUGGGGUAAAAGACUAGGGGUGUGAAGGAGGAGAUGAAGGAACGGGCUUGGAGGAAGAAGGGAUUUUAGUGGGGAAUGGAGCUUGGAUAGGGGGUCUGGGGGUUUAGAGGGAGGGAGAGGGGAAGGAUUUGGGUGUGGUUGGUAUGUAUAGGGAUUUUUUGAUAGUGUUGAGAGAAUUGGUGGGUAGGGAUAAGGAUUUGUUUUGUUGUCCGAAAGUCUUGAUUUUGUUGAUAGAUUUGAGAUGAUAGAACUUGUUUAAAUAUCUCCUCAUUUUUGCGAUUCAGUUCUAUUUCUUUAUGCUGGAUCCUGUCAAGCUCACGCUCAAGGUUUGAUAAAGAAGCUUCUUUGUUUUCGAUGACUCUUGACAUUUUCUGGAUGCUCUCGUGUGCUCGCUCAAUGUCUUCAUUCUUGGCACGGAUAUUACUCAGAAUGUGUUCAAGCAAUAUUUUCAUUCCUUUGAAAUACUCUUUAGGAGUGUGAUUCAGCUGAGUCAGACAAGUCGCAAGGUUAACUUCUUGUGUGAGAUUUCAGAUGAUGUCUUUAACAACACCUGACUGGUACACAUUGUAGUAGCUGCAAUCUUGCUGAGUAUUCGCAAGAUCCUUUUUAAGAUCUCUAGCAAGUGUCUCAGAAUGUUCUAGUUGUUUUUGUGUUUCCUUAAAAAUUCAUCUGAGCGAGUAGAGUUCUUGGUCUUAUACGAUGACGAAGUUGACUAACUUUUGUUACAACUGCACUCUUCAAGUCUUUGAUUUCUUCUUUAAAGAGCUGUUUACUUUCACUAUAAACUUUCCUUUCAUCACCUAAAAUAAGCAGCUGUAUCUAUUCUAUUCAAAUGAAUCA